AUGGAUGUGGAUGUUCCGGAAGAUGACGAGUCUGAAUAUGACAGCGACUCCCCACAACCAAAGCGCCACAAAAGAUCUUAUAGUGAACUAGUCUAUCUGACAACCAAUAAAUCCAAAAACUCAAAGAUAUUCAAUAGCAACAGACCGCCGCCCCCUCCACCACCAGCUCACAUCUCGUCACUAAGUACCAUGCCGACUUUUAGUAAUCCAAAACCAAAGACUCCUUCCCUUGCCCCUAUUAAUCGCGAAGAAGCACCAUCCCAAAGACCGAUCUUACGAGUGCAGAUCCCUACUGAUGCCAAGGGGCACAAAAGGACAAACAGUAACACAGCCUCAAAUAAUAACAUGAGCAGUAGUGAGAAAAGUGGAGAUACUGCCCGAACAAUAACUGCCAUAGACACUAAUUUACAAAACACAUCAGGAAGUGAUGACCAUACAAAAAUCAAACCAGAUACACUGUCAACAGGUGCAGCUCCACCAACACCAACACCAAAAUUCCCACAGUUCUCAUCGUUCCGUUCACCUGACCAUAGGAAGCCAACGUUACCUUUACCCAUUCAGACUAAAUCAGAAACUUCUUCGCCAGCAAGUGCGACUGUGCCUCAAUUUCCUAAUUCUGCUACUAAUCCUAAUGCCAGUAUAUAUUUCCCAUCCAUGCAUGCCCAGAGUCCAGGAGGUCAAUAUGGAGGUGGUAUGCUCCCUACACCAGUAUUCAAUCAAAUAAAUCAGCAAUUGCAACAGCAGCAGCAGCAACAACAACAACAACAGGCGCACCAACAAUUUCAACAAUACCACCAAGGACCACCGCCCCCACAACAACAACAACAACAGCAGCAGCUGCAGCAGAACCAGCAGCAGAACCAGCAACAGCAGCAGCUACCGCAACAACAACAGCAAGAUCAACAGAAUCAACACCCUGGUGGUCAAGUUGCACAACCAGAGUCAGCAAUUCGGUUCAGACCACCAACAGGUGUUACCAAUCAGUACAACAAUGGUGAGCAAACGCCGCUUUCUGGACUUCCAUCACGAUAUGUGAACGAUAUGUUUCCAUUCCCAUCACCAUCCAACUUCUUGGGACCGCAGGAUUGGCCUUCAGGGACAACACCAACAACACACAUGCCCCCAUACUUUAUAAAUAUGAUGCCGUUAACAAGUACAACGGCUGGUCCUCCAACUACCUUCCCCAGCACAGGAAAUACCAAGCAUGGGUUGGGAAUCAAGACUGAUGGGAAUAUGUCGCCUACAGCAUAUCAUGUUCAAGCUAGCCAAGGUAAUAGAGGCGACGACGGAGGGACAAAUCCAACUACAGCAGGAAGCACAGUUGAUAACAAACUUGGGAAGUAG